AUGGAGGCGCUGCUGGCUGUGUGGAUGGUGGGGUUGGUGGGUCUGCACGGAACUCAGGGCUUCCCUGGUGGAGCGCCAUCAUCUGCCUGCACCGAUAUGGUUCCACAGCACGACCCCAACACACUGACCGGCACAUCCUACUCCAUCGUCACCAACAGCAGCACCUUCACCUCUGGCACCAAGGUUAACGUCACCAUCGUGGGCACCUUCAAGGGCUACUUCCUGCAAGCGCGAAUACCCAACACCACGACCAUCGUGGGCACAUGGGACACCCCACCUGCAGACAACAUCUUCGUGCCGUGCAAUUCCGUGCCAAAGGCCGCGGUGACGCACUCCACCAGCACGUCCAAGACGAACCUGAGCUUGUUUUGGAUCCCGCCGACUACAAACCCUCCCAGCUCCGUAGUGUUUGUGUGA